AUGGGAACGGAUGGGAGGGGCGGUUGGGCUAGCGCCGACAACCACGACCGGAGAUUUGAUAGCGCAGGGGGCGGGGAAAUAGGUGGAGGCGGGGGGGAAUUUGGCGGGGGAUUCGACGACGCUGACGGGGCGGCGGAGGGCGACGAGAAGGCAGUGGCGCGCGGGGGAGAGGCGGGCGGAGGGGACGUGAAGGCGGAGGCGCGCGGAGAGGGCCAGGCGCAAGGAGGGGCAAGCGGUGGGGAGAAAGCGGAGGAUGUGGGGAAGGAGCAGGCGGCGAGCGGCGCUUAUUGCGCGCGGGAAGCGAGCCUGCACGCGGAGGAGGCGGCUGGCACUCUGAAAUUCAUAUGCUGCCGAAACGAUGGGGUGGACGAACACAUGAUAUGGCUGGUGGGGUUGAAGAACAUAUUCUCACGGCAGCUGCCCAACAUGCCUAAAGACUACAUCGUGCGCCUGCUGCUCGACCGGUACAGCCACUGGGUGGGUUCUUCUUGGGACUGGCCGGUGGGUGGACGGCUGGGUGGGAGGGCGUGGGUUCAUUCCACUUCCCCUGGUGCUCUUUCCACGCUGUGA